AUGUCUCCAGCCCCCGCUGAACCACCGCUUCCCGACGGCCUGGAUAUGGACAACAUCUUAGGAACAAUAACUGCCGAUGACUUCACCGAGCAACAGCAAGCUGACGUGGAACUAAGAAGCUUUGUGGAAUACCUCCAGGGCGAUACCGAGAAACUGGCUAUGACACGUGGCUCUAGGAAGUCGGUCUCCACUCUAGCAGUGAACCAGUCACGCCAGUCACGCAGAUAUCCAGAUUCAAUGCGCGACAGCACGAUUAGGAACGCAGUGAACGCGGCGAACAAGAAGGAGAAAGGCAAAGGCGCAGAGACGGUGCCUGCCAGGCCGUCGACAACUACUUUGAGCGCAUGGAAAGCGGCCACCAAGGCCGAUCCAUCGAAAACUGGCGGUAGCCGACGCAAGCCCAGUGCAUGGGAGACCUGGAAGUACCCAGCGUAUGGCUUCGGGGGAGGUGUCCUGUUUCUUGUACUCACCAUUCUUCUGUACAGGGUUAUGUUCCCGUACCCCAUGAUACCGACCAAGUUCUACUCCAUCUGCGAAACGGGUGGCUGCGCCGAAUUCAGCCGCCUCAUUCGCAGCAGCCUCAACACGGCGCUUGAUCCGUGUGAGAAUUUCUACCGCUUCGUGUGUUCCAACUGGGACUCGCAGCACAACGUCAGCAUGCGACAGAGACACCUAGAUGACUACGUGGCAUCGCUGGCUACCAUGGCCCGUGGCGUGUCCCCGCCCACCGAAGGUACACGUCAGAAUCUGCGUCAGAAGGUGGCGCUGCUUUAUCAGAGCUGCGAGGCCGUGGCUCACAGGCACCGUGACGACACCGGACAGUUCCGUGACCUCCUGGCACAAGGUGGUCUGACUUGGCCGCAGCUUCCGAACGAGCAGCCAUCUGCUAGGAAAAACAGUGUAUCAUUCCUGGAAGCGCUAGUCUACAGCCACCUCCACGUCGGCUUUGACCCAGUAUUCACUGUUGACCUGGCCGAUGAUGCCAUAGUGACCAUGCAACCAAAGGGCAUCAUCCCAGACUGGAUUCACACUAGGGGGGAGUGGAAGGCAGUAGACAGGUACGACGACAAGUUACGCCAUGUGUGCCGCCACUUCAGUGAUCUGCGGAGCACGUGCGAAGCUGACGUCAAAGCAUUCAUAAGUGCCGACAACCAACUAAGCAACGCUUUGAUCGUGCUCUUCAGGGAUGAUGAUGGCCCUCUUCUGAACCGGAGCCAAUUUGAAAACGCAUUGUCGGCAAGGCCUUUCGAUGCUUGGGCGCGCGUCUUCUCCGAACUGUUGAACAUUACCCUGGAAAAAAUAGGAGCACCCACCACAAGAUUUCGCCUCAAGGACCCAGCUUUUUUCCGAGCUCUCAACUCGGCCCUCGCCAAAUUAAACGAAGAGUCCUUUGUUGUGUACCUGACAUGGCUGGCCAUCUUACACCUCGGACCACUGUUCAGCGCCGAGCUGUCGGACGCGAUAUACGGCAGCACUUCAUCAAGCCUGGUUGGGCGGGUUGUUGAAGCGCGCUGUCUAGUCUUCAUGGAGAAAUUGCUCGGUCAGGCCAUGCCGGCAGCUUUCGUGCAACUUAACGUAGGAGAUGAGGCUCAAGAGGACAUCCGUCGCAUAACAAAGAACAUAGACUACCCUCUCAACAUUUCUCUGACGAAAUUCUCGAGCAAUGGCACGGAGCGAGCUCACGACUUCUCCAAGUUCACAACACGGCCUCACCUGUUCGGCGACAUUGACCCGUUUCUCAGUGUUGCCAAACUCGAGAAAGCCGCCGAGGACGUCCUCCCGGAAAUGGGAGACUCUGUGCUCACAAACUACCGGCGGACGAUGGCAUUCAGACGCUCAUUGGUGGUUAGCGGCUGCUACGCUCCAAAGCUGGGCCAUCUAAACUACUACCGCUUCUACGACCGUGCUUGCCGCAUGGUGGUGGUGUCUCCCAUAGCCGCCACGCUGCCUAUCUACGAUGAACAGACCAUCUCCGGGCUACGGUACGGAGCAAUCGGGUCGCUGGUCUCCGAGGCGCUGUUCGAGUCCUUCUACGAUACGCGCUACGAACUCAGCCCGGUGCAUCGAGAGAAGCUCAACAGUGCAUGGGCGUGCAUCGAACGCUUAAUAUUCAAGGUGGACACUGUUGAGAACAUGGAGGAGGCCUUCCUGCUGUUCGGCGGCAGUGCAGCGCUGUGGUCAGCGUAUCGCUCCGAGGUGUACCUGCAGGACAGGCGGCUGCCCGGACUGGAAGAGUACUCUGAAGACAUGCUGUUCUUCAUCUCGUUCUGCUUCAUUCAGUGCGGCGGCAGUGUGGUGCCCAGAGACACCAUCUGCAACAUACCACUGAAGAGCUUCUCAUAUUUCGCGGAAGCCUUCACUUGUCCAUUGGGUAGUGCCAUGAACCUCGGCAACCGAUGCACCUACAUAUGA